CCAAUUGUUCAUGGUUAUCGGCCGUGUUAUCAGUGACUGUCGUCGAUCUUGCUAUCUCGCGGUCGGCAUGACCGCACCAUCCUGUCAUUCGCGGAAGAACCGUGCCAACGCACUCUCGGUUUUUGAGUUGCCUUUCGCUCGUCGACGGUCGGUCACAGUCGACCGACGUGGUCGCCAGAGCCGGUGCAUGUUGCAAAAUUACCAAUUGGUUCGUAACCCACUUCCUCAGUGGUGCUCCGUUGCGGCAGCUAUCCGGUACGCGAGUAAUUUGAAAACAAUCUGUCGUUUUGUUUCAUUACUUACCUACGCGUGUCAAAUAGUGUACAGUGAGUAACAGUGCGACUUACACAGUUAUAUCAUUUGCACUUGGUUGUGAUUUGUGAAACGUGAUGUGAUACCUACGUAUAAUAUAUCAAGAUUGUUCUAUGAAAAGGUCAAUGAGAAUGAUAGUUAUCUGUGCUGUGCCUCCUGUGGUAGAUCUUUUGUUGUGCAGAAAAUUGUAUAAAAACCAUGUUACGACGCCGAGGGACUUACACUGUUAACGCCGACCCUGAAAAUCGGCAAAGCAGAGUUAAAUCACCUGAACCUUCUACGUUGGUUACAAAAAAGAUUGGCAAGGACGGCUCAAAGGUGACGACUGUUGUGGCGACGCCGGGGCAAGGCCCCGACCGGCCACAGGAGGUGAGCUAUGCUGACAUGAAACUCAUCGGAAACGGCAGCUUCGGCGUCGUCUAUCAAGCCAAACUAUGCGACACCGGCGAGCUUAUUGCCAUCAAAAAGGUGCUCCAGGAUAAGAGGUUUAAGAACCGAGAACUUCAAAUCAUGCGACGACUGGAGCAUUGUAAUAUUGUCAAAUUGAAAUAUUUCUUUUACUCCAGUGGAGAAAAGAAAGACGAAGUGUACCUGAAUUUGGUGCUGGAGUACAUACCUGAGACUGUGUAUAAAGUGGCACGUCACUACUCCAAAGAUGAACAAACCAUACCCAUUAGUUUUAUAAAGCUAUAUAUGUACCAGUUGUUCAGAAGCCUCGCGUACAUACAUUCGCUGGGCAUCUGCCACCGAGACAUCAAGCCACAGAACUUACUUCUUGAUCCUAAGACCGGCGUACUCAAACUUUGCGAUUUUGGCUCGGCGAAACAUCUCGUUCGUGGCGAGCCUAACGUGUCCUACAUUUGUUCCCGAUACUACCGCGCUCCAGAACUCAUUUUUGGCGCUAUAGAUUACACCACCAAAAUCGACGUUUGGAGCGCUGGUUGCGUAGUAGCGGAAUUAUUAUUGGGUCAACCAAUAUUCCCAGGUGAUUCUGGUGUUGAUCAAUUGGUUGAGAUUAUCAAGGUACUAGGUACACCGACACGAGAACAAAUUCGAGAGAUGAAUCCUAAUUAUACAGAAUUCAAAUUCCCACAAAUCAAGAGCCACCCAUGGGCUAAGGUGUUCCGCGCGUGCACGCCGCCGGACGCGAUCUCGCUGGUGUCGCGGCUGCUGGAGUACACGCCCGGCGCGCGCCUGUCCCCGCUGCAGGCCUGCGCGCACAGCUUCUUCGACGAGCUGCGCGAGUCCACCGCGCGCCUGCCCAACGGCCGUCCGCUGCCGCCGCUCUUCAACUUCACGGAGUACGAGCUCAGCAUCCAGCCGUCGCUCAACGACUUCCUGAAGCCGCGCACGAGCGCGGGCCCGGCGCCCGACGCGGCGGCGGGCGCUGCGCCGGCGGACGACGCGCCAGGCGAGGCGGGCGGGCCCAGCGGGCCGAGCGGCGCCGCGGCGGGCGCGACCUAGACGCCGCGCGCCACGUCGGGACCUCGCGCCGCACGACCAGCGCUCCAGCCCACACGCGACCUAGUGAUAGUUACUUUCGUGUUGGCCAUCGGGAAAAUUACAUGCAUAAUAAUAGGUGUUUUCGGCGAGUAAUCGUGUGAUACUGUAGUGUAAUUGUCGAUAAAGCUUGAGCUGUCGUAGUCGGUAAGAAGGGUAAAUCCGUUGUAGAUUCUAAACCGUCGCGAUGUGAUUACUUUGUACUUUUGUAAGCUCAAAUUGUCCCCUUAUGUACAUACCUUAUAUGCUGAGUUUGAAUGUUUAUUUAGUAAACGACAGAUAAUAACCGUCUGGAUAAAUUGUUUUGUUUUAUUUUCAUUUUAAAAUCUCGUCAGAUUCUGUCUCUUUUAAAUGGUUUCGCUUAUAAACUGUAGCCUUAAUGUACUCGGUGUGAGACGUUUUUAUCAUAGAGAGAGGUUAGUCACCUGUUUGUUUCACUUGAAUCACCUAUAUCGAGGGGUAGCCACAUGAUACUUACCUUGCUUGGGCCGUGUAAUCAGUAGGGAAGACAUAUUCAGUAGUGUAUUAGAGUAUUUAUUGUUGAAAAGUAUCACUACUCAACAAACUUUUAAGAAGCGUAUGCCUAGUGUUAUUUCAACGAUGAAACUUAGCAAACGGAAUAUUAUGUUGCAACAAUAGUACGCAUUGUAAAUUUUUAUAACUAGCGUAAACUGAUCUCUCAGAUAAUUUAUAAUAAUGAUAUGAUAUCUCAGAAUAUUUGUAUAAACAAUUCAGAGAGUAUAAAUUUUAGAUGUAUUCACAUAUAUAUUUGUUUUUGGCAACUUCUAUGUUAAACAUUUUUUGCUGUGUAUUUUGAAUUAUCCAAUGCUGGAUAAAUGUAAUGUACCUAUUUAAUAAUAGCACUGUCGGUGUCCUAAUUAUAACGACAUAGUUUUUGGAUAAUAUUGUAUUCUAUAUUCAAUAAAUGAUAUUUCUAUUAUAUGAAAUUUGUCAUUGAGAACACUAUGGUUAUUAGUAGUCAUUUAUGAAACGAUGUUUAAAUAAUGGUAAAUUUCAUUGUCAUAGUUUUAAGUAUUCGAGUAAUUUCAUUUUGCACUUCGAUUUUGAAUACAGUUACAAAUUAGGAAAGGUUUAAAACUAUAAGUAUAGACUAACAAAAUCUUUUCUUCAUGGUGUAGAAGUAGCCUAAACGCAAAACUUAUUGGUGUAAUGUUGAUUACCUCUUGCACCAUUAUAUCGAAAAACCUGGUGUUUUAAUAUUCAGGCAUUUGAAUAGCACGAUUUUAUAAAUACCUACCUAUAAUAUAAUAUUUUAGUCUUAUUUGGACCAACUCAUGGUAACAUGUCAACUGUGCAUGAGAAUAUUGAUUGAGCCAAAAUCUAAUGAAAUAACAGUAAUCAAUAAUACAGUUAAUUGUUACAUUCUCAUCAUAUUAAGUAGGUACUUGAAUAAGUUUUCACUGUAUUUUUAAACACUCCCAUGUUUAUGCGAAUGGUAAAGUUGGUAUGUAUGGUUGCCUUUGAAUCUUUGAGCGACAGUUGGAAGUUUUUAUCACAGAAAUGAUGUAUCUAUCUUUUAAUGUUUCGAUCAAGCUUUUCUUAAUAUCUUCUAAUCGUGGUAUGUAAGACUGUUUUUAUAUUUAGGAUCAUUAUUUUUUGUUGCGAAUCCAAUCUUAACUCUGUGUCCGAAAAUACUUAGGUUUGCGCAAUGUAUUCUUAUUCCAUUCUCCUAUCUACCAACUUGUGCAAAUACACAAAUGAUUGACAGGACUACCCUACCACCGUCAAUCAUUUGUUUUAAUAAACAACAAUCAUUUUUAUUAUUACAUAAUUUCCUUUUAUAUGCAUUAUUACUAUUCCAUCUGCAAUACAUGAAAUUGCAACUCCAAUAUUUGAAGAAAACAGAGAAAACUUAUUCAGGACCUAAUAAAUAGUUUUAACUGCUUAGCUGAUUCGAUAUAAUGAUAAUUAUCCAUGUUUUUCUAGGCUUAAACCAGGGCCCCGACCAUUAAAAUAAUUAACUAUAACUUUGAUUGUGUACCAUGUUACAACAGGACAGUGUUGAACUCGGUCUUUCUACUAGAUGGCAUGGCGGUGUUUUUAGGUGGUCCUUUUCUUGUUACACCGUGUCUAUGCCUUUGUGAAGAAUCGAGUUCAUUGUUAGGUACGCCUGUAAUUACUUAUAAAUUAUUGUAUUUUAAAAUAAGCGCGCUGAAGCCGCGUUUCGCUUUGAAAUCACAUGAUAGUGGAUCUUAGUUUUUGUCGUUAAGGCUAUUAAUUUGCUGGAACACCCAUAUAAUUCGUGUAAAUAUAUUAUAAUUAUCUUUAUGGUACGACUCUUGAGUGACGCGUGCGCGCGUGUCGGUGGCAGCGGAGGGAGCGUGACGAGUUUCGCCACCUUACCGCAGCGGACUCAGUAAGAGACAGUAGUUUAGAUAUUACAUGUAUUUUAUUAAGUCUAUCUAUCUAAUAUGAAUUUUGUAAUCGACGUUGCUUCUUAAGACCUCUGUGUAAAAAAAUUAUAAGACAUACUAGUGACCUGAAUAUUUGAAGCGAUGUUAUUAAAAUCUUUAUCCCACUGAAUUCUCACUUUCACGAUUUGCGUGCACAUUUACAACAUGAGAAUUUUCCGUAAAAUACAUAGUUUGAAAUGGAGUUAUGACUUAUUAUAUAAAUUAUUUAAAGUAAAAUUUUCUUACUGUAAUAUUAAAUUUAAUAGUGAGUGAAAUUUGUAUUUGUUUUCAUAUUUGUUUUACUGAAUUUAAAUACUUCAUAACCCUCAUAUCGUUGUUAGUUAUGAAUGAAAAUAACAUAAUUAUUAAAAGUAAAUAAUUAAAUGAAUAGUAAAUAUGG